UCGAAGUGUGGAUGCUGCGCACAUGCGCUUUGGCCAAUUUGUGAUGUUCAUGGAGGCUGUGUAACAAGAAAACUGUCAUAGGGUCAGAGCAGUGGAAUUAUAGUUCAAUUUUAUUUUCUUGUAUCUUUUCGAAAAAAAUCUCACUAAGAUCGAAGAAGUUUUAUCCAAGUAGUUAUGUGCGUGUAGUUAGUGUGACCCAGAAAGUUACGGUUCAAACUCGAAUAUGCCUCGUAACAAAAUAAAAUUUACUUGAAUUCCUGACCCUGUGUCAUAGAUGGAAAAAUGAAGAUACAUUCGGAAAUUAGUGAUUAUUAGAAUAUAUUAAAGCGCUGCUCAAUUAAACAGAAAGUAUAUAUCAAGCCUGUAGUGAAAAGUGUAGUUAUGUUUCUUUAAAACUUUUUUUCGAAUCAAUAAUCAGUUUCAAGAAGUUUAGCGAUUUGUUCAACAAAGCAACAGUAGAAGUUUAUCGAUUUUCAGUGAAAUGCUGGGCAUAGCGCUUAAAUACCUGCAGAAAUCGAUUUUCUUCAUUUUAUAUUGAUGGUGCCUUCCAUCUUAAAGUGUGUACCAAAGAUGUUGUUAACUUCUCAUGAAUACUAUGAGAAACAUGGCGUACUAAUCUCAUGAAAUGCCAAAUAAACGUUGUACAUAGCCAUCGUUUAUAUCUGAAUGAGUUGAUAAGUGUUUAAUGUGGCCGCUAGCGCGCCUUCAACCUAAAACAUGUAUUUUGUUAUGGAUUUAUAUUUGAUCGUACUAUGUCUUCUCGUGAUAUGCAUUAGAGAUAGCUUGCAAGGACCCCAUGAAAAAAAUUUAUUGAACAAAUUGUUGAAUACGUACAACACACUCGAGCGCCCGGUUGCAAAUGAAUCUGAAUCACUGGAGGUGAAGUUUGGAUUAACUUUGCAACAAAUCAUAGAUGUGGACGAGAAGAAUCAACUACUUAUUACGAAUAUUUGGCUUUCUUUGGAAUGGAAUGACUAUAGCUUAAGGUGGAAUGAGUCUGAAUACGGCGGAGUAAGAGAUCUAAGAAUAACUCCAAACAAGCUAUGGAAACCGGAUGUGUUGAUGUACAACAGCGCUGAUGAAGGAUUUGACGGCACCUACCAUACAAAUGUCGUGGUGAAAAAUAAUGGUAGUUGUUUAUACGUACCUCCUGGUAUCUUCAAGAGCACCUGUAAAAUAGACAUCACAUGGUUCCCUUUCGAUGAUCAACAUUGUGAAAUGAAGUUUGGUAGUUGGACGUACGACGGAAACCAGCUUGACUUAGUUCUGAAUUCAGAUGAAGGAGGAGAUUUAUCCGACUUUAUCACUAACGGCGAGUGGUAUUUAAUAGGAAUGCCAGGAAAGAAGAACACUAUAACAUAUCAAUGCUGCCCCGAACCAUAUGUUGAUAUAACGUUCACUAUACAGAUUCGUAGGAGAACACUCUACUAUUUUUUCAACUUGAUUGUUCCGUGUGUUCUGAUUUCAUCAAUGGCUCUAUUAGGUUUUACGCUACCACCGGACUCCGGCGAAAAACUAACCUUAGGCGUCACCAUUCUUCUAUCACUAACUGUAUUCCUGAACUUAGUGGCGGAGACAUUACCUCAAGUAUCCGAUGCGAUUCCUUUGUUAGGUACCUACUUCAAUUGCAUAAUGUUUAUGGUUGCAUCAUCUGUAGUUCUUACCGUUGUGGUAUUAAAUUACCAUCACAGGACGGCCGACAUUCAUGAAAUGCCACCUUGGAUCAAAUCAGUUUUUCUUCAAUGGCUACCGUGGAUUCUGCGUAUGGGCCGCCCUGGGAAAAAGAUUACAAGGAAAACUAUUCUGCUCUCAAAUCGCAUGAAGGAGCUCGAAUUAAAGGAACGAUCAUCAAAAUCCCUGUUAGCGAACGUGUUAGAUAUUGAAGAUGAUUUUAGACUUGCAAGCGCUGGACUUACAGGCUCAACUACGGCAAUCAGCACUUCAGGGUUUUCUAGGCCCACCACUGUGGAAGAACAUCAUGCAAUAUCUGGGUGCUCGCAUAAAGAUUUGCACUACAUUCUGAAGGAAUUGCAAUUCAUAACGAAUAGAAUGAGGAAAGCUGAUGAAGAAGCAGAAUUAAUCAGUGACUGGAAAUUCGCCGCUAUGGUUGUUGACAGAUUCUGCCUUUUUGUAUUCACGUUAUUUACGAUUAUCGCUACAGUCACUGUGUUACUAUCGGCUCCACACAUAAUAGUGCAAUAAUAACGAAUUAAAUUUUGAUAUAAGGACUUGUUAUAUAGGUGAUCUAUUAAAAUUUAUAAGAUUUUUUAAAAUGGGACAUGUAAAUCAAGUUAGAAGUUAAUUAGAUUAUUAAAAUAGAUUUUAAUAAAUAAACGAUCAGUUAAAAACUGCCGACAAAUAAUGAUGAACGACAAAAUCUAAAACAUCAUGAGUAAAUAUCGGAUGAAUACGUAUAGAUAAAAGAAUCGAUAAAAUAUUUUUUUAAAAAACAAGAAGCUGAUUCGAUGGAAAGUAUCUUCUAAUCGUAAGUCCUCAAGAGAACUCAAGCAACUGUUCCUGCAAUCAUUACCAAAGCACUAUUGAAAUACUGAUGAACAAACCUGUAUAUGAGAGCCAUAAAGAGGAUGUCUAUUUUUGCAUCUGCGUCUUGGAAUUUACUUCAUCAGUGUUAAGUUCAACGGCAAAGUUGUCAUCUCAAAAGGAGGAUUUUAUCAAUCAUUGCAACAAUAACGGUAGUUUAUAAUUAUCGCGACAGGAAAUGAAUGACAUUAGCACUAUACGGUUAUAAAAUAAACGAAGAGAAUCUAUUUCUUUUCAGAUUAUAUGUUUAGUUAUAUACAUAUAGGGAUGAGUGUAUAUCCUUGUAUGUAUGUAAACGUAUUAGGUGUAAGAUUAGCAUAGUUACAAUUUAAAUAGGAAUUGUCAAUACUGUAUUGGAAGAGUCAUCUAUAUGUAGAUGGUAAAAAGUUACAUCUGAUUUGAAGAUUAUGAAAAUGAUAGCGUAUAUAUUUCGGAUAUGCGCGAUAUAUAAUUGUUAGAUACAAAUAUGCCAAAGUAGAAUUGUUAUUAUAAACGGCUAAACCAGAAUAGCUACGAAUUGAAGUUUUCAGUAUAACUGAACUAGCAGCAUUAAAUAUUAUCAAUUAUCAUAAUAAUUACCUAUUAUAAGUAUUUUUUUUUUUUUUUCGAGUUAUAAGACUACGAAAAUAAUAGUCCUUUUAGUUUGGAGUUUUUCCACAGGUAAUAUGGACUUGAAUUUUGUCAAGCUGUCUUCAAUGGUUGCUGAGUAAUCUUAGUUUAUGUUUAGUAUCAACGAAUUCAUUACCAAAAAUAACAAACUAAAAUGAACAUGCAUAUUGCAGUUAUAUCUGAUAUAUUUUACUACUAUGUAGAUACCAGAGCUGAACCAUAAGUAUUAGGUAUGGUAUGACUCACGAUAUUAUUCAUCUAGAAUUGUGUUCUUUCACAUUGUAUUACACAUCAAUAUAUGAGUAGCAUAACAACGGUAUAAAUUAAAGGUGGAGACAAAUAAGUCGAUAUUAUAAUAUUUACUAGUUCUAAUAGUUUAAACAAUUGUUAACAACCAUAUUUUGUUUUUAAGUGAUAUUUUGCGAUGUUAUUUUUUGUUUUGUAUACGGUAUUGAAGGUAUGUGGGAAUAAUAAUAAAUAUGGUCUCGAGCCACUUGAGCAGUGGAUUCUAUUGUGGGCAUUUAUUCGCUAUAACUCAGUCAAUUUCUAACCAAUUGACUUGAAAUUUUGUAUACUGAAGUUUUUUUUACGACGGUAAUGGUACCGCGUAAAAAAACGCGUAAAAAAACCGCGUUAUUUCAAAAAACGUCGUAAAAAACCGCGUUAUGUCAAAAACCGUCAUAAAAAACCACGUUAUUUCAAAAAACGUCGUAAAAAAGUCAAGUCACGUUAGAUGUAAUCCUGACUAAUUUGCGCGUGUUUUUGAAAAAAAAACUCGGUAUUUUUUUACGACGGGUUUUGAAAUAACGCGUUUUUUAACGACGUUUUUUAAAAUAAGGCGGUUUUUUUACGCGGUACCGCUCGAUACCUUAACAUUUUCUGUUAGUAUUUUGUUCCGAGCGAUUUCAGAACUUGUAACGCCGCAUAUUUUUUCAAUGUGCGCAAUGAUCUGUUUGUAACAAUUAAAGAGAUGUUUGUGAUGUUGCACUAAAAAUGUAUAUAAUGAUGUAAGGAUGACACAAUGGUUAUCUAAUUAUUAUUAUCUGAACUUAUUCAUGGUAUGAGUGUAGAAUUAGCAUUGAGCAUGGGCAUGAGCAUAGAUGACCGCACAAUUCGUAGUCGCUACUUAGUGAUUUACCGGAGCAAUCUAAAUGACACAGAGAAGCAAUGAAUGGGGCUUAGGACUAGCAUAGCAUUCUCAAUGUGCACACUUCGAGAGCUCUCAAUUAUAUUGAGGACAAUAACGGUGCCAACCACGUCCUUACGGUCAUCAUCGAUGAUGGGAAAGAAUGUUAGUAAGACACAUAUAGCCGAGGCGGUAAACGCACGGGUAUUCAGCAUGACCAUGCUGAGGGUGACGGGUUCGAUUCCCGGUCGGUCCAGGAUCUUUUCGUAGAGGAAAUUUCCUUGACUUCCUUGGGCAUAGAGUAUCUUCGUGCCUGCCACACGAUAUACACAUGCAAAAUGGUCAUUGGCAGAGGAGAAGCUCUCAGUUAAAAACUGUGGAAGUGCUCAUAGAACACUAAGCUGAGAAGCAGGCUUUGUCCCAUUGAGGACGUUACGCCAAGAAGAAGAAGAAGAAGACACAAAAUUGGGUUUUUAAAUUAAGAAUCGAUUUUUCGAUUUUAUACGAAAGAGCACCUUUUUCUGAGCCACUAUGAUUUUUUUCAGAUUUUUAGAACUUUAUUUUGAUACCUAAAUUAAAUUUCAAAGAGAUUUUUUGAAAACACCUUUUGACAGCUGGGAAACUGUUUGACAGCUCCACCCAGUACAAAAUGCGACGAGGGGUGAUUCGACAAAUCGCUUCCAUACAAACUUCAAAUUGAUUUUUAAAUAGGUUCCCGGCCACCAAAAUUCAUGAAAAUUUGGAUUUCGGCUCAGUUUUGCAUGCAGAUUCCGAAUAUGGAAUUAUCUCAACACCGCUAAAGCAGCCAAUUGUUAUAGAGACCGAGAAUCGCUGCAGUGGAGACGUUUGCCUCAGGAAGGAAUCUUGUUAGUAGAGAAGGAAAACCAUUAUCGAUCUGGGAGUCACCCAGAUACACAAACCGCCGUCCACAAAAAUGAGUAUAGAAUUAGCAUGAAGUAUAGAGUAGCAGAAUUAGCACACAUAUUCAAAACAUAUAUAUGUAUAACGGAAUUUAUGUAUUUUCGGCAGUUCUGUUCUCUUCAUCAUGGCAGGUUUUUUUGAAAUCUUUUGAACUAAAAGUUGGCCUCACAUAUUUCCAAACUUUGCUGAUUUUUACAACCAACUUUCAAACAAUUUGGAUGACGAAAGUCCCUCAGGACGAGGGAAACGAACCUGCCGGUAGUACCCAAUGUCACCCGAGAUGGCAUAAAUGCACUGAUAAAUAACUCUGCGAACACAUCUUCAAUGAAAUGUUCGCUGCUGUGCUCACGCAAAAACGGCUACGCUCAAAAAUGUGUUCGGCCUGCACAUUUUUGGUAAACAUCCAUACCGCACAAAGACUGUGUUGGAAACACACAUUUUUUUUAAAUUGCUCGUACGCUCACAUUAGCAUGUAUUUUGCAAUAAUUUCGAUAUGGCAACCUCACUGGGUUAUAAACCACCUUCAAAUACCGAAAAAUAUUGGUAUUUUGCAAAAAUGUGAACGUACGAUCAAUUUUAAAAAAUGUGUGUUUCCAACACAGUCCCUGUGCGGCAUGGGUGUUUACUAAAAAUGAGAGUUUUUAUUUUAGAGAGUUUUGCUACGAAUGAGGACAGGCAGCAAACACACACCACUCAGGCGUAAAACUUUGCGUGGGAGUGAUAGUGAGUAAAAGGCCAUAUCAGCUCAAUGAGGUACAGAUACAGGUGGCGCAGAUAAACAUUGCAAACCACUGGUUGUCUCUUUUGUACUACCGCUGAUCAAAUGCAACU